AUGACAGCCCAAAAGAUACCAGUAAUUAUCGGUGUGGGUGAAAUCAAGAAUGCCUCUCGGUUGAAAGAAGAUGCGAUUGAACCUUUACAUUUGAUGCUCAGUGCAAUCAAAAGAUCGGCUCAUGAUGCGACCAAUUUUCGCACGGCUGAACUUAUUGCAUCUCUUGAUAGUGUGAGCGUUGUGGCUAGCUCGACGUGGCCGUACAAAGAUCUUCCAGAAUUGCUUUCUGAGAACUUAGGAGUGAAACCCUCAUUCAAGGCUUACAGUGAUUUGAAAGGAAGUGCACCCGUUCAAUUGAUUGAUGAUACAGCUCGGAUGAUUGCAAAAGGCGACAUAGAGGUCGGGGUUGUAGUAGGAGGAGAAGCAAUGGCAUCAUUGAAAACAUUCAUUAAAACCAACUCAUAUCCUCCGCCAUGGACAAGGCCAAAAACAAAUGACGUAUACUAUGCCAACAACGUCGACAUGCUGUCUGGAAUUGGAGAAGUGCACAAGGUUGGAGUCCCGAUGCAUGUCUACGCUAUGUAUGAAAAUGCACGACGAGCCCAUAAAGGACAGACGCCAGUCAGCAAUCUUCAGGAAUCCGCCUCGCUAUACGGAACAUACGCCAGAAUUGCAUCAAAGCAUCCAGCAUCGUGGAACUUCGAUAAGCCGCCCGAAACAGCAGAGACAAUUGGAAGAAUAACAAAACGAAACCGAAUGAUAUGUUUUCCGUAUCCGCUUCUAAUGAACGCCUUUAAUGACGUAAACAUUGCCGGAGCUUGCAUUCUGACAUCGACUGACCUCGCUGGGCGCAUGGGUAUUUCCCGUGACAAAUGGAUCUUUCCGCUAGGAGGUGGGAGAGGGAACGAUACUGAAGAUUUUUGGAAUCGAUCCAACUAUCACUCCAGCCCUGCAAUUGCUACUGCUUUGGAAGAGUGUUUGAGUUCAUCAGGACUGCGCAAAGAGGAUAUUGAUUUGUUCGAUUUUUACUCAUGCUUCCCAAUUGUUCCAAAACUGGCUUGCGACCACCUGGGAAUCCCGUAUAGCAACCCCCCAAAGCCAAUCACUCUUUUGGGAGGUCUCACAUCUUUUGGUGGCGCGGGUGCAAAUUAUUCUAUGCAUGCGGUGGCUGAGAUGGUCCGUCGACUUCGAAAGUUGCAGGGUCGCCAUGAGCCCUCACAUGGGCUCAUUCUCGCCAAUGGUGGUGUGUUGACGACAGAGAAUGCAAUAUGCCUCUCUACCCAGCCUGACAAGUCCCAUACGCCAUAUCCACUGGAAGACAAGACUCCGAUGCAAGUCGUCGUGUCCCCAAUCAGCUUGGGGACAGUGGAAGAAGAAGCAGUGGUCGAAACAUAUACCGUUGAGUACGAUCGCCAUAACCGACCCCUCAUAGGCCAUGUUGUGUGUAGGUUGAAGAGUAACGGUGCUCGUGUAAUUGCGAAUCACGCCGAUGCCACGACAUUGGAGCAGCUGGCCAGCUGGACAGAAGAACCGAUUCGACGAAGUGGAUUCCUCAGGCCAUCUCUUGUCAAAGUAGAGCAGAACCUAUUCAGCUUUCGACGAGAUAACAGGCUGUAG